AUCCUUUCUGGGGCGCUCUCCACAGUACUACAACCCCCAGCAGGCACCGCGCGGGCCAGCCUGCCACGGAGGGGAAAACCCGGGCUGCCGUUGGUUCUAAGGCAGAGCGGAGCCAGAGACUCUGGUGCCAACACCCGCUCCCGCUAACCUAGUCUCACUACUGGCCCCCGCGAAGGCCAGCAGUCUGUCCCUGGCCUGUGGCUGGCCUGUCUUCCCACCUCCUUGUUCCGGGUCUCUUUCCAGUUUCCCGCGGGAACCGACUCUUGAAGAGAACCAACCGUGGCCGAGAGUUUUGCAGCCUGGCCAACCAGAGCCGCGGUGGGCGGCGGCGGGAAGAGCGUGUUGAGCUUCUGGCCACCGAGGGCCGGCCGGCUGGGACGCCGAAGCGGGCAUCCUCCUCGCGGCUAGGGUGAAGGCGUCGGCGGGACCAGCAUCACCCAUCAGAAGACCUCUUCGGGUAACGGGGCUCAGCCUCGGCGACAAUGUGCAGCCAGAUAUUCCCAGCCCUCCCCCAAACAUCUUCUAGUAGCCUGGACCUGUGGAGGGAAAAGAAUGACUGGCUCGUUGGACAGACUAGGCAGCUGACUGGGGAUUCUCGUCCGUCUUUGAGGCGACAGCAGUUGGCUCAAGAAACACUGGAAGGGUUUAGGGAGCUCCUCCUCACUUUGCAAGGACUCCCUGCUGCUCUUCCUGCUCUCCCCUUGGAGCUGACGGUCAUCUGUAACUAUAUAAUCCUGAGGGCUAGCCUGGCCCAGGGUUUCACUGAAGACCUUAUCAAGGAUGUUCAAAGGGGCCUAGAGAGAGUGAUGGAGACCCAGAAUCAGCUGGAGCCAAAGUCACAGCAGGGACUCCAGGAGCUGUGGCACUCUGUGCUUUCUGCUUCCUCCCUUCUGCCGGAGCUGCUACCUACCUUACACUGCCUGGCCAGCCUUCAAGCUAUCCUCUGGAUGAGGACUGACCACCCGGGGGACCUGGCCUUGCUCUUGCAAGCCCUCAAUGGCAGCCAGACUGAGACCUCUGAGGAUCUGCUACUACUGCUAAAAUCCUGGAGCCCUCCGGCUGAGAAGUCAGAUGCCCCAUUGAUUCUGCAGGAUGCUCAGGGUUUGCGGGAUGUCCUUUUGACAGCACUUGCCUGCCGCCAAGGCCUCCAGGAGCUUAUCACAGGGAGCCUACCCCGUGCACUGAACAGCUUGCAUGAAGCAGCCUCAGGCCUGUGUCCACCAUCUGUGUUAGUCCAGGUGUACACAGCGCUGGGGACCUGUCUCCGUAAGAUGGGAAAUCCACAGAGAGCGCUGUUGUACUUGACUGCUGCCCUGAAGGUGGGAACAACCUGUGCCUUUCCUCUUCUGGAGGCUUCCAGAAUAUAUCGACAACUAGGAGACACAGCAGCUGAGCUGGAGAGUCUGGAGCUGCUGGUUGAGGCCUUGAGUGCCACUCAUAGUCCUGAAAUGCUCAAACUUCUCAUUGAGGUAGAAUUGCUACUUCCACAACCUGACCCAGCCUCUCCUCUUCACUGUGGCACACAGAGCCAGGCCAAGCACCUGCUAGCAAGCCGAUGUCUACAGACAGGGAGGGCAGAAGAUGCUGCAGAGCAUUACUUGGACCUGCUGGCCAUGUUGCUGGGUGGCUCAGAGCCGAGGUUCUCCCCGCCCGCCUCCUCUCCAGGGCCUUGUAUACCAGAGUUGUGUCUGGAGGCGGCGGCAGCGUUGAUCCAGGCAGGCCGAGCCCCAGAUGCUUUGACUGUAUGUGGGGAGCUGCUCCGCCGAACUUCAUCUCUGCUUCCCAAGAUGUCCUUGUGGGAAAAUGCCAGAAAAAGAACCAAAGAACUGCCAUACUGCCCAAUCUGGGUCUCUGCUACCCACCUGCUUCAGGGCCAGGCCUGGUCACAACUAAAGGCUCAAAAAGAGGCACUUAGUGAGUUUAGCGAGUGCCUUGAGCUGCUCUUUCGGGCCCUGCCUGAGGACAAAGAACAAGGUGCAGGCUCCAGCUGUGAGCAGAAGUGUAGGCCUGAUGUGGUACUGAAACAACUUCAAGUAGCUGCUCUGCUUAGUCGUGGGCUAGAAUGGGCAGCAAGUGGCCAGGAUACCAGAGCCUUAAGUGACUUCCUCCUUAGUGUACAGAUAUGCCCAGGCAAUAGAGAUGGUUCCUUUUACCUGCUUCAGACUCUGAAAAGAUUGAAACGGAAGAAUGAGGCCACUGCUUUCUGGCAGGAGGCCCAAACUCAAGCACCACGGGAAGAAGCUACCUGGUCUCUUCCACUGUAUUUAGAAACCUGUUUGAGCUGGAUCCAUCCCCCUAACUGUGAAGCUCUCCUUGAGGAGUUUGGAACAUCUCUGCUGGAGUCUCAUGACCCGUAGCUUCCUUGUUUCCUGGAGCUUGAGCUGGGCCCCUGUGGACCAUCUCCAUGGGGAGG